AACUGGACCCCAAAGAGGAUACUAGCAUCUCAUUGGCUGGAAUAUCACAGGAGUGGAAGGGAGCAGGAGCGAGAGACAAAGAGAGAGAGGAAGCUCAAGAAGAUGCAACUAGUCUGCCACAGCAUCCUGACUGAGCACUGAGCUGAGCGAUGCAAGAGCUGUAGACACAUGCAUAUGCACAUAUCAUUUUUAUCUUGCAGAUUCUUGGUCAGGGGACUUAAAGGAUAACUUUCUCCACGUUGCUGCAGGAAUGAGCUCUCCGGUGAAAGGUGCAGUCAAGCAACAGCUGGGGUGAGUGAUCUGAAGCUCUUUGGAUCUCAGCAUCACCUGGACUUGAUCUCUCCUUGCUGACCGAGCAGCUGCUGGUGAUUGCUACUCUUAAUUUCUACUUAUCUAGGCUACACACACCUGAACCUCUGCAUUGUUGGAGUGAGCUAUUUUAGUCUUCCCGGACUGCUCUUUUGUCUUUGGGAGAGGCGUUGCUUGGAGAAGGGUGGCUGCUUUUACUGUGAAUGUGUGUGGCCGCAACUGGCGCUGGACUGCCACCCUUAAAGUCUUCUGCACCCGCUGAGAGCCCCUGGAAGCCACCUGCCGUGCCUCUGGGAUGGUGUGACGUCCAGCCAGCUGUUGGCCGUCCCACGUCUGGGUCAAGAUGCCAGUGAUGAAGGGCCUCCGUGCCCCUCAGAACACCUUUCUGGACACCAUCGCUACACGGUUCGAUGGCACCCACAGUAAUUUCUUGUUGGGAAACGCCCAGGGCCACCGGGGCUACCCCAUUGUCUACUGCUCUGACGGCUUCUGCGAACUGACGGGCUUCACAAGAAGUGAGGUGAUGCAGAAGAACUGCAGCUGCCGCUUCCUGUACGGGGCCGACACCAGUGAGCAUGUGGCUCAGCAGAUGGAGAAGGCUCUGGAAAGCCGAGAGGAGUACCAGGCCGAGGUCCACUUCUGCAAGAAGAAUGGUGUGGCCUUCUGGUGUCUGCUUGACAUCGUGCCCAUAAAGAACGAGAAGGGCGAAAUGGUUCUCUUCCUCUUCUCAUUCAAGGACAUCACCGACACCUAUGGAAGAGCCCACCACAACAGCAAGAAGGAUGUUUCAGAAGACAAGAGGCACAGGAGGAAGAGCAGCUCUCACUUCAGCGAGGCCAGGAAGCGGGGACGCACCAUGUUGUACCAGCUGACCAGCCAGUUCUCGAGGGGAGGCAAAAGAGAGGCCAACCUGGGUGGCAGCAUGAAUGACAAGCCUUCGCUACCAGAGUACAAGGUGGAAGCAGUGCAAAAGUCGCGCUUCAUUCUGCUCCACUACAGCGUGUCCAAAGCCCUGUGGGACUGGCUUAUUCUACUGGCCACCUUCUAUGUGGCUGUCACCGUACCCUAUGAUGUCAGCUUCAUGGAAUACAACAGUGACGCAGUUGAGCGCUCCGCCAGCAUCAGCGACAUUGCAGUGGAAUUUCUCUUUAUUAUAGACAUUAUCCUGACCUUCCGCACCACCUAUGUGAGCCAGUCAGGGCAGGUGGUGUAUGAGGGGCGCUCGAUUUGCCUUCAUUAUGCCACCAGCUGGUUCUUUGUGGACCUGUUGGCUGCCUUGCCCUUUGACCUGCUGUAUGCCUUCAACAUCACAGUGUCCUCCCUUGUCCACCUGCUUAAAACGGUACGCCUGUUGCGCCUCUUUCGUCUGCUUCAGAAGCUGGAUCGCUACUCCCAGUACAGCUCCUUGGUGCUGACCAUACUAAUGUCUGUGUUUGCUGUGCUGGCACACUGGAUGGCCUGCAUCUGGUACAUAAUUGGACGCCAUGAGAUGAUGGCCAAUACAACCUUUGAAGUUGGCUGGCUAAAUGAGCUGGGCAGACGUCUGGAGACGCCCUACAUCAACAACACAGCAGGGGGCCCGACACUGCGCAGCGCCUACCUUGCUUCCCUUUACUUUACCCUCAGCAGCCUGACCAGUGUGGGCUUCGGCAAUGUCUGUGCCAACACCGAUGCUGAGAAGAUCUUCUCCAUCUGCACCAUGCUUGUCGGCGCGCUGAUGCACGCCCUAGUCUUCGGUAACGUGACGGCCAUCAUUCAGCGUAUGUAUUCACGGCGUUCUCUCUACCACACACGCAUGAAGGACCUGAAGGAAUUCAUUCGUGUCCACCAUCUGCCCAAGCAGAUCAAACAGCGCAUGCUGGAGUACUUCCAGACCACAUGGUCUGUCAACAAUGGUAUAGAUACCAACGCGCUCCUGCACGACUUCCCUGAUGAGCUACAGGCCGACAUUGCCAUGCAUCUGAAUAAGGACAUCCUCCAACUGCCGGUCUUUAAGGGAGCUAGUCGUGGCUGCCUGCGCUCGCUCUCCCUCCAUAUAAAAACCUCCUUCUGCGUACCUGGGGAGUACCUCAUCCGUCAGGGUGACGCUCUGCAUGCCAACUACUUUGUCUGCUCUGGGUCCCUGGAGGUACUGAAAGACAGCAUGGUGUUGGCAAUAUUAGGAAAAGGGGACCUGAUUGGGUCCGACCUGCCUGGAACAGACGAGGUGAUCAAGACCAAUGCUGAUGUGAAGGCGCUGACCUACUGUGACCUCCAGUAUAUCAAUGUGCGUGGUCUGAGAGAGGUGCUGGAUCUCUACCCCGAGUACGCCAGCGUGUUUGACUCUGACAUCCACAAUAACCUCACCUACAACUUGCGUGAGGGCAGCCAGGACGAGGGCCUCAGCAGGUUUUCACGGUCACCCAGGCUUCAUCACGAAUCCAGGCUCUCCUCUAUCAUGGAAACAAAGGGGGGUGACCCUGAGGACUCCUUCCACCUCUCUCCGGUUACCCGCUCCCGUCGCAACCUCCUGCUGCCCAACUUCACUAGCCCUGUUCGCCGUACCUCCCUGGGGAACCUCCUGGGGGAUGAGUUGCGGGAGUUCACUGCCCUGCGACACUGCCGUUCACCAAUCAUCAGCCGCGUCCACGAGCAGAGAUCAUCGCCUCAGCCACCAUCGAAAAAAGAGCACGGCUCCCAUAAAGCCACCCCUGCCUCAACUUCAGCUCAGGGAGUGUCGGGGGCCGCGCAAAGGCCUUCAAAGCUGCUUAUCCCAACUGUCACCUGCUCUGGACCCCCAGAUCUCAGUCCCAGGGUUGUAGACGGCAUCGAAGACAAUGGACACGCGUUCCACUUCAACGUGGAGCACAGCGGGCCUAAAGCCAACACGGGAGGCAGCACCCAAGUCUCCACACAGGCGAAUGUAACUCUGCUGCUGGAGACGGAAGAUGUCAAACAGAGCAUCAGUCAACUCAACCAAAAGAUGGGCACAUUAAACCAGGAAGUAUCCGAGCUCACCAAAAGCCUGCACCACAUGAUGCAUCUCCUCCAGGCCCACUUGUCUGUGCAUCACUACAAAGCCUCCCUCCCCUCGUGCCCGUGUGGCAUCCAAAUGGUGUCCGGCCCUCCCACAGCCGGCAACACCGACAUGCCCUUCAACCCAGCUUCAGCCUACCACCUCCAUAACGAUCCGGGGAGCCACGAAGGCCCAAGCUACCAAAGUGACCCACCCGCUGGCUACUGGAGCUACAGUGGAGCUCCUGAAACCCAAACAGAGAGCCACCACCGGCCUGAAUCCUGUGGUCCACCUGUCAACUCCUGUCCGCCCCUCUCUGUCAACUCUGCGUCCAGUUUAGACCUGUUGUGUCACAGCUCUAGGAGAAUGACCACAAAUCUGUGGAUCAGCCCGUCUCUUCUUAGCGUCAGCCCAGGCUUCCAGGGUGGGAGUCCGGACCUUACACCUCAUGCUGGGCAUGAAGACUCUGACAACAGGCCUCUCAGUGCUAGCGUGAGCACCAUCAGCCAGUCCCAGCCCACUUUGUGCCUGCAGCCUCCCAGUGAUAGUGAUGAAUACUCGUCCUACUCGUCGACACACAGUCUGCUGGACUUGCCACCCAAUGCUUACCCCCCAUCUCUGCCUGCCUUAUCACAAGCCUCCCAUUGUGUUCUGAUGUCCGCUCCAACAUCUCAUAAUGUGAUCCAGGACACAUCUAUCUUCCAAAUCGAGGACUCAAACCCCUCCAUCUAUCCUGCGUCUGCCUCUCCUCCUACAUUGCCAGGCAUCCCUCUUGGAUCCUCACUGGAUUCAGAAUCACUGCAGUCAGAUGCUAUCGAGCCCCACCUUCCACUGGGCGACCCAUCUGACAUAGAACACACCGGUCUGGAGUGCCUACUGGGGAACGGGGGAUCUAUGGAGAGCAGGGACAGUGAGAGCGAGUCAUCACAAAGGUCCAGCAUUGGCGCCCAGACUCAGAGCACAGAGCAGUCGUGGUGUCUGGACCUCAUAGAUUAAACUGUUUCAGGGGCACACUCACUGACUUCACUGCAACUGGGAAAAAAAAACGUUAUUGACAUGCAACUUCUUACAGUGUUUAAAGAGACCCUGUUGGAGAUUGUCAGUGUGUGCUGUAGUCCCCCUUCUUAAUUCCUGGGCUCUCAUAUUUGUCACCCCACACAAUUUACUCCAUUUCUAUGCAAAAGCAUGUAUUUUAUGCAUUAUCUUGGAUUUACUAAAGUGUGUCUUUAAAAAAGAAGAGUUCCAGUAUAAACUGUAUAUUUUUUUCCAACAUCCUCAGAGCAAUUUGCUGUUGAUAAUAUCUGUUACCUCCUUGCAUGGUAAAGUUGUUAAUUCUUUUUCCUAAGGAAAAGGUUUCCAUAUUAAUGUGUAAGCAUUCUACAUGACAACCUGUUGAUUGUUUACACGGAAACUGUAUUUGUAAGGCAGACAGGUCAGAGUGGUUGGAUGUUUUAAUAUGCGGAGGAACAAAAAUGCGUUACCUAAAAGGGGAAUAGAGUAUUUGCAUUGCACAGCGUAGAUUGGUAAUUGUUUUAAAAUGUUUUUCUCAUUUCAGCAUUUUUUAUUUGUGAGUUCUUGGACUAUAUGAAUAUCCAAACUCCACUAAGCAGUACAGCAUUUAUGAUUUCAAUUAUAAUUCCAUUGAACAUCUCCAGUUUGAUGCUCUCCUUAAGACCCUUCAUUAGAUUUAAAUAAAUGUUUUUACCUCACCAUAAAGGCAUUAAAUAUAGUGCUGUGAAAUAGGUUUAAUCGCUCUCUCCACAAAAUAAAGGUAUGGAAGCUUGAGGAUCUAUGAUUCUAUAAACACAUAGCUGCGUAUAAAUUAAACGUAAAUAAAUACAUAUGUAGCUGAAAAGAGGGUCCCAUGAAAAAUCCAGUCAUUUAUUUACAAAAUAUGAAUGGUUCCUGGUUAAAAAAAAAAACAUGAACUCAUGAUACUCAUACUAUAUUCAUUCAAUUGUUCUUUUUGGCUGACACAAUAAAGUAUGCAAAAAUGUAUGAAAGUGU